AGACUAGUUCUGACUUGGGAUCGAAUACUUAGAAUACCGGUUUGUAGACAUAGACUUGUUUACGUUUAAAUAAAAAUACGUGAAAUAAUAUUUGAAGAGUCAAGAGAAAAAUGAUACCAUCAAGAGGACAAAAAAUUCAUGAUUUAAUUAAAAAAGACAAAUCUGCAGAUGCCCACAAAAGUCCUGCAAAAAGGGUACCUCUACAAAUGCUAAAUGUUAAAAAAUUGGAAAAACCGACUAUAAAAGAUGGGUCUUAUUUGAUGGAUUAUUCCUCCAAUCAGCAGCCUCCUACCUAUUUACUAGCAAAUGAAACAUCUUCAAUACGAGAUGAUUCCAUUUGGACUUCAAUAUUACUUGACAAUACACAGUUUUGUCAAUCAUUUGCCUCCCAAUGUGAAAAAAGCCCGACGUGUGAUAAUAGGUGUAUAUUGGCUUCCAUUCCUGCCUUAAAUAAAAAUGUUAGUGGUAUGACGCACACGUUGUCGGUUCAGGUGUUAAACAUCCAAAAAGAAAAUACCCUACCCAGCGCAUCAUAUACCUUAAGUGUUGCCGAAUCUCAACCGGAUAUUUUGGAAGAGACGGCAGCAAAGCAAAAUGGACGUCCUAUUCCCAGUACAUUAAAUACAACAAACUUGACUGAUUCUACUGUAGUGGGUAUACCUAAAAUUUCAAAUACUCUGGAUGAAGAUUUGAGUAUAUCUUCUUCGGAAAGCGAUCCUUUUGGGGGAGAUAAUUCAGAUGAAGACCCUGAUUUUGAAAUUAAAAAAAAAAUAAAGUUGCAAGAUUCUAUUUCUGAUCAUUCAACGUCAUCGUCGGAUCCACAAGAAAAAAGAAGAGUGCGUAAGCGUCUUCCGAAUUCGGAUAAUUGGCAAAGAAAUAAAAUCAAGAGAUUGAGAAAUAGUGGAAAAGCUUAUACGGAUUGGAAAGGUAAAAAAAGACCAGAGAGAAGAAUUAAAGAGGCGUGUAAUAACUGUAGAUUAAAAUGUUUUCAAAGAAUGAACGAAGAACAAAGAAAUAUAAUUUUUAAAACUUUUUGGGAUUUGAAAGAUAUAAGUCGUCAAAGAGAUUAUAUAUCAGAAUAUGUGCAAUGUAAUCCAAAGGCGAGGUGUCGACAACGUAAAACUAAAAAUAACGAGGAGCAAGAUGAAAUUGAGAAUAAUAGUAGAAGAAGUUUUAGUUUCGUUUACCAUUUACAAACUGAAACAUCAAAGAUCCAAGUCUGCAAAACAUUUUUUUGAAUACUCUAUGUAUUAGUGCCCAAACAGUUCGAACAGUUUUUAACAAAAUGAAUUCUGCUGGAUAUAUCAAGGAAGAUCAAAGAGGUAAAGCCUGUAAAAAUUCCAUGUUGGACGAGUCAGUGAAACAAUCAGUUCGUAACCACAUCAUGUUGUUUGAAACCAUUGAUAGCCAUUACUGCAGACAGAAAACGGAGCGAAAAUACUUACCUCCAACACUAAAUGUUUGUAAAAUGUAUGCUCUGUAUGAAGAAUUCUGUCUAGAUAAUAACAUUGAAAGGAGAGCUACAGAAAGUAUGUAUAGACACAUUUUCACAACCGAAUUCAACAUUUCUUUCUUUCUGCCGAAGAAAGACCUCUGUGACGUUUGUCACAGCUACGAAAACAGGUUGACUGACGAAAAAGUUAGAAUGGAGCAAGCAUAUCAACAGCAUAUAGAAAACAAGAACUUAGCUCGAAGUCUUAAGAAUGCUGAUAAAGAGAAAGCUAAAGCAAACCCUUCAUUUUGUGCAGCAGUAUUCGACUUGCAGCAAGUAUUGCCAGUACCCAAGACAGCAAGACAGAGGUCGGCGUCGCCUAUUAUAAAUUAAAAUUAUCGACAUUCAAUUUCACAGUUUUCAAUUUGGCAUCAAAGGAGGCAAAGAGGGUCGUCGUAAAUUGGUAGUGGUCUUACGCUUUUUAUUGAACAACAUGUGCGAAAAGGAAUCAAAGAAUUUUCAUUUUUUUCCGAUAACUGCCCAGGGCAGAACAAGAACAAAUUUUUGUUUUCUCUUUAUAAUUAUCUGGCACAAAAAUAUUCAAUCAAAAUUUGCCACACCUUCUUAGAGCGGGGCCACACACAAAAUGAAGGUGAUUCUGUUCACAGCGUUAUUGAGAAGGUCGCUCGAAAUAUUCCAGUAUACACUCCAGAUCAAUGGUUCAGUCUCGUCAGGACAUCAAAAAGAAAAAAUCCAUAUGUUGUAGUUGAAAUGAGCCAGCAAAGUAUAUUUGACCUUAAGAAGUUAACUGAAGUAACUUCUAUAAAUUGGGAUAAGAAUGACACAAACGACAAAGUUUACUGGAGUGAAAUAAAAAUUGCAAAAACCGAUCCAGAAGAGCCAAAUAUAAUUUUUUAUAAAAACAGUUAUAAAGAUGAAAACGAAUUUAAAAAAAUUUGUAUUUUAAAAAGAGGAAGAAAAUCCAUUGAAGUAAAUAUUAAUGAAAUUCAUUUACAGCCGCUUUACAAGGAACUAAUACCGUUUACUAAAAAAAAAUAUGAUCAUUUGAAGUUCCUUUGCGGCAAAAACGCUAUUUUACCUGCGUAUCACCCCUUUUUUUUAAACUUACCUUUUGGUGAAAACAUCCAAGAGCCAGAUGGAUAUAAUGAUAACAAUUUUUAAUGGUUAAACUGAAUAAGGUACUUCAAGAAUAAUAUUUUUUUUAGCUUGGUCUCUAGUGUUUUAGAGUCCAAAU